AUGAGCCUUAACUUUUCAAUGAGAUGCAGCACUGUUCUGCCUAAUAAGCCAACAUUAACUGAGAAGAACCUGCCGGACCAAACUGGCAAGGUGUUCAUUGUAACAGGUGCCUCUGGGGGACUCGGGAAACUCCUCACCAAGAUUCUGUACCAACAUAACGGCAAGGUUUAUCUUGCUGCCCGUUCCGAGACGAAGACCAAGGAGGCAAUCGAAGAGAUAACGGCAGCCCAUCCAUCCUCCAAGGGCGAACUGCUAUUUCUCAAGCUUCAACUUGAUGAUUUGACCACUAUCAAGCAGACAGCCACCGAGUUCCUCGCAAAAGAAAUUCGCUUGGAUGUCCUGUGGAACAAUGCGGGUGUCAUGAUCCCGCCAGCAGGCUCUCGAACCAAGCAGGGCUAUGAGCUUCAGUAUGGAGUAAACAAUCUCGGCCACUUUCUGCUGACCUAUUUUCUCCGCCCAGCACUUGAGACUGCGGCAAACAUCGCACCCAAAAACUCGGUCCGCGUCAUCUGGGUCUCCUCGAGUGCUGCCGAUGCUGCACCAAAUCCUGCUAUCGAUUUGACUAAUAUGGACUACCACAGAGACGAGGGCGCUUGGAUGAAGUACUGUCGGAGCAAGGCAGCUUCUGUAGUUCAUUCAGCGGAGUUUGUGAGAAGAACAAAAGGUACUGGAUUCAUUAGCUUGUCUCUCAACCCUGGCAAUUUCGUGACGAAUCUCCAGCAAAAUAUGUCCAAAAUGGAGCUCACGAUGUUUAAACUCAUCGCAUCGGAGCCGAUCAAUGGCGCCUAUACCGAAUUGUUCGCCGGUCUCAGUGGCACUAUUACAGAGGAGGAUAACGGGGGAUGGGUUUCGCCUUUCGGUAAGGUCGAAAAGGUCCGGAAGGACUUAGUGGACCCAAAUCUCGGAGGGAAGUUCUGGGACUGGAGUUUGCAAGAAGUAAAACCUUAUAUGUAG